GGUGUUACCUUAUCUCAACGCCCCGAUUUCUUUUUUCUCUCUUCCUCACAUGUUUGAUUCAUUUUGAAAAUGGCAGCAGAGCAGACCGCCAACAAUUCAAGUAACGGUAAAUGAUUGUUUAUCGGUUAUAAUCGUAAUCAUGGCGGCACCUCUAUGCGACUCCGUUUUGCUGAAUGGCUAUCACCCUUCACUCUUUUCUUUCUCAUCUAAAUCCAACAAAAUUCACUCCCAUAAUUCCCCCCUGGGUAAGCCGUGCCCCUUAUCCCGAUCUAUAGCAUCGAAAUGGGCUACUAACAGACGUAGGCGGAUGCCUGUAAAGGUAAAAGCUUCACUUGGAAGCUUAAUAGGAGGGAUUUUCAAAGGUACCGAUACUGGUGAGUCCACUCGCCAGCAGUAUGCACCCACUGUCUCCGCCAUUAAUAAAUUGGAAGCCGAAAUGUCAUCGUUAUCUGAUUCACAACUAAGAGACAAGACUUCGGUGUUGAAGGAACGAGCUCAGCGAGGAGAAUCUCUCGAUUCUCUUUUACCUGAAGCUUUUGCUGUUGUCCGAGAGGCUUCAAGGAGGGUUUUGGGUCUUCGACCCUUUGAUGUGCAACUUAUAGGUGGCAUGGUUCUUCAUAAGGGCGAAAUAACUGAAAUGAGGACCGGAGAGGGAAAGACCCUUGUUGCUAUUUUACCUGCUUAUUUGAAUGCAUUAAGUGGGAAAGGUGUUCAUGUUGUUACCGUCAAUGAUUAUCUGGCCCGACGUGAUUGUGAGUGGGUUGGUCAGGUUCCUCGAUUUCUUGGAUUGAAGGUUGGCUUAAUCCAACAGAACAUGACUAGUGAGCAAAGAAGGGAGAAUUACUUAUGUGACAUCACUUAUGUCACUAAUAGUGAGCUUGGUUUUGAUUACUUGAGAGACAAUCUUGCCACGAGUGUUGAGGAGCUUGUCUUAAGGAAUUUUAAUUUCUGUAUCAUUGAUGAGGUUGAUUCCAUCCUUAUUGAUGAAGCAAGAACACCUCUCAUCAUAUCUGGACCAGCAGAAAAACCUAGUGAUCGAUAUUAUAAAGCUGCUAAAAUAGCUUCAGUUUUUGAACGAGAUAUACAUUACACUGUGGAAGAGAAACAAAAAACAAUUCUACUCACAGAGCAAGGCUAUGCAGAUGCUGAAGAAAUUCUAGAUGUAAAAGAUUUGUAUGAUCCUCGAGAACAGUGGGCAUCGUAUGUGCUAAAUGCAAUUAAAGCGAAAGAACUGUUUCUUAGAGAUGUUAACUAUAUAAUCCGGGGCAAGGAGGUGCUUAUUGUGGAUGAGUUUACAGGUCGAGUUAUGCAGGGUCGUAGAUGGAGUGAUGGACUUCACCAAGCAGUUGAAGCAAAGGAAGGUUUACCCAUUCAAGAUGAAACUGUAACCCUUGCAUCAAUUAGCUAUCAGAACUUCUUUCUCCAGUUCCCAAAACUAUGUGGAAUGACUGGCACUGCAGCGACAGAAAGCACAGAAUUUGAAAGCAUUUACAAGCUUAAAGUCACGAUUGUGCCUACAAACAAGCCUAUGAUUAGAAAGGAUGAGUCAGAUGUAGUUUUCAGGGCAACCACUGGAAAAUGGAGAGCUGUUGUGGUAGAAAUUUCUAGAAUGCACAAAACUGGUCGCCCUGUACUUGUUGGCACAACAAGUGUUGAGCAGAGUGACUCACUGUCAGAACAGUUGCAAGAAGCUGGAAUCCCCCAUGAGGUUCUCAAUGCAAAACCAGAGAAUGUGGAGAGGGAAGCAGAAAUUGUGGCACAGAGUGGUCGUCUAGGGGCAGUAACAAUUGCUACCAAUAUGGCAGGCCGUGGAACUGAUAUCAUCCUUGGUGGAAAUGCUGAAUUUAUGGCAAGAUUGAAGCUACGUGAGAUGCUUAUGCCAAGAGUUGUAAAACCAGCAGGAGUUUUUUCUGUGAAGAAACCCCCUCCAAAGAAGACAUGGAAGGUGAAUGAAAGUUUAUUUCCCUGCAAAUUAUCCAAUGAGAAUGCCAAGUUGGCUGAGGAAGCUGUACAAUUAGCUGUCAAAACUUGGGGUCAGAGAUCAUUAACUGAGCUUGAAGGGGAGGAGCGGCUAUCUUAUUGUUGUGAGAAGGGCCCUGCUCAGGAUGAAGUUAUAGCCAAGUUGCGAAGUGCAUUUCUGGAGAUUGUUAAAGAGUAUAAGAUCUAUACAGAGGAAGAAAGGAAGCAGGUUGUAUCAGCUGGUGGACUGCAUGUGGUGGGGACAGAACGCCAUGAAUCACGGCGAAUUGACAAUCAGCUACGAGGUCGAAGUGGACGACAGGGUGACCCUGGAAGCUCCCGCUUUUUCCUAAGUCUUGAAGAUAACAUCUUUAGAAUUUUUGGUGGAGACCGGAUACAGGGUUUGAUGAGAGCUUUUAGGGUUGAAGACCUACCUAUUGAGUCCACAAUGUUGACCAAAGCAUUAGAUGAAGCUCAGCGGAAAGUAGAGAACUAUUUUUUUGAUAUUCGGAAGCAAUUAUUUGAGUAUGAUGAAGUCCUAAACAGCCAAAGAGAUCGUAUAUACACAGAGAGACGGCGAGCCCUUGAAUCUGAUGAUCUCCAAUCUCUUGUUAUUGAAUAUGCUGAGUUGACUAUGGAUGAUAUCUUAGAGGCAAAUAUUGGUCCUGACAGGCCUAAGGAAAGCUGGGAUCUUGAGAAACUGAUUGCAAAACUUCAACAGUACUGCUAUCUGUUGAAUGAUUUGACCCCUGAUCUACUGAGAAGCAAGGGCUCUAGUUAUGAGGACUUGCAGGAUUACCUCCGUCUUCGUGGCCGUGAAGCAUAUUUGCAGAAAAGGGAUAUUGUGGAGGAACAAGCACCAGGCUUGAUGAAAGAAGCUGAGAAAUUCUUAAUUUUGAGUAACAUUGAUAGGCUAUGGAAAGAACAUUUGCAAGCACUUAAGUUUGUUCAGCAAGCCGUUGGCUUACGUGGAUAUGCACAGCGGGAUCCACUUAUUGAGUAUAAGCUUGAAGGCUAUAAUCUCUUCUUGGAUAUGAUGGCACAAAUAAGAAGAAAUGUUAUAUAUUCUAUUUAUCAGUUCAAACCUGUGUUGGUCAAAAUGGAUGAGGAGAAAGCACAGAAGAAUGAUAAAUCAAGAAAGCCCAUUAGUAAUGGUAGGGGUAGUAGUAAGGACCCUAAUCCUGAUCCAGUUGGUGCAGUUGAGUCGUCUUCAUCAGUUUCUGGUCCGCAAUCUGGGGCAUAACAUUAUCAGCAAGGAAAGAUUCUAUCCAUAAUUUUUUAUUAGCAUAGGAAGGAGUUUUGUUACUUGAAUAUGCUGUGUCAGUCUAUAGCCUGUUAUCAUUUGUUGUAUGUUAGAAUCUGAUCCAUGUACAUGGCAAAAUUAAAAACCCUGUCAAUUGUACAAUUAAGGAACCACACGGAAUUAGAAUCAAAAGAAUUUCAAAACUAUUGUACAACUUUUUGUUUUAAAAUACCCUUAAUCUUCCAA